CUUAAGAGAUUGACACACUUGGGUCGAGCAUAAAUACGUUCGUAUUCUGUUGCUAUGGCGAUACAUGGCGAGCUGAUCUAUUUUUUAUGUUGUAUUCUUUGAUUGGAGCAUACCAUAAAAAAAAAGAAAGUGUGACCCGAACUAAUUGUCGAUUAGCCCUGGGAUCGUCUUGAUUUGCCAAUUACACCCAAAAUAGCAAUACGUUGAUAAGCUUUAAUGCCACAAUUGUGAAACAUCAGCGUCUUGUCUGGUGUCUUUUCACAGGAUCAUCCUCCCAUCAUGCUCUCUCAGACGGUCUGGAUGCUGACUUGCACGCUACUAGUGUUGACGUUGUGUCCUGGCGUUGUGUCCCGGCGAGGGGGAUUCGGAGGCGGCCGCUGGGGUGGUAUAGGAAGGGCCGGAGUAGGAGGUGGCUGGGGAGGCGCCGGAGCUCACAGAGGUGCAGGUUUCGGAGGUGGCCACCAUUACAAAGCUCAUCCAGGCAGUUCGUCAUCAGGAUCUAGCGCCGGCAAAAUGGCGGGAGCGGCAGCCGCCGGCGCACUUGGAGGCAUGGUGAUCGGACACGGACUCGGAUCCAUGUCUCGACCCGGAUACGGAUACGGUAAUUCUUGGCAUGGUGGGUAUGGUGUUGGGCCCCGUUAUGGAGGCGGCUACCCAAGGUACGGUGGAGGACAUGGGAACGGAUUUACGAACGAGACGGAUAUGGAGUACUAUGCCGGAGCGGCCAGCAGGGGGAGCACUUAUAGCUAUGUCCUGCUGCUCAGUGUCAUUGUGUUGUUAUUAAUAGGGUUCUGGAUCGUUUAGAAUGAGGCUGAAUCGUCCAAACUGGCUGGGGUCCUGUUCAAAAAAUCUUCCUGUUUCUUCAAUACUCUGUGACAUGUCUGGUCUGUAAUGUUUGCUAGUGCUGCUAACAACUCGAAAGCUGAUGCUAGUUCUAUAACGGUUAACUAUACCGCUUUCGAGUUGGACUUUUUGAUGUUUAAAAAUUACACUUUCCUCAGCUGAGAUGAGUCCGAUAAUGAUUCAAACAAUAUUGGCCAAUUUAAUUAUUUGUGAAUUAUAUACAUUUGAACAAAUAUUGAUUGCGAAUGAGUCCUUGUCUCUAGUAAGCUUUAGCUGUUAGCUUUUUUUUUUUACAUAAAAAGGUAAACAAAUGUUUAUACUGAAAUAAAGAGUCCAUGAUAGCCACAUGUCCACGAUAUUAAAGCUAAUAAAAGUACAAAUUAGCACUACAUAUAUAAUCAUUUCAACAUGCUAACCUGGGGACUAUACGCUUUUUCUGACGUGGCAAAGUUAUCGCUGUUACAGUUCUGUACUCCUUUCUUCAUUUCCUCCAAUUCUUUUUUUUUAUUUGCUAGAAUUUAUGCUACAUUUUAUACUUCAUGAUUUAGCGACACUGAAACCUCGAUUGUAGCUGUGAACACGUACUGAUUGUUUUUUUUUCCACGUUUUUUUGUUUCCGCUCAAUCCUUACUCGAGCGCUAAUGAGAUUUUCAAGCACGUGUUAAGACAUUUGUGUCUCUGUGUUCUAAAGACCCACCGAGGAUGAAGUAAGCAGCCUCCGUAAAAUCACUUUAGUGGAUUAGGAGUAGACAGGAUGGCGUACGUGUCAGGGCAAAGAUAAAUCUGCAUUACAUUUGACCGCACCGUCACGUAACGUCUCGUUUUCAUUUAACUUGUGUAUAAUGUAUGCGGUACACAAGAGAUACUGCUGUAAUCACUGUGUAAUCACAAAAAAUUAAAGAAUUUCUCUUUCCAAA